AUGAAUGAUAAUCAUGAAACAUUUUUUUUUACUUAGAAAUAGAAAAGAAGAAUACAUGAACAAGAUUAUGCAAUGAAAGUUGUUUCACAUACUAAGGUUGAUAAAGAGACUAUUUAAUUGAGUGAAUCAUUGUUUAAUGCUAAAAUUACAGCUAAAUAAUCAUCCUGUAUUAUAAGAGAUAUCUAAAGAAGUGUUUAAUAGAAAAUUAAAUUUUAUGAUGAAUAUUUGAGAAACAGUGAUUCUUUUAGAAAAUAAACAGAUAGAAAAAGUUUAAGUCCAGACAUCAUUAAACCUAAAUGUAUUGAAUAAUUAUUAUAAUCCCAAAAUUAACAUGUUUCUGAAUAGCAAAUCACUGUUAGACCUAAUCAUAUCAAUAAUAAUUAAUAAUCUAUACAAAUUCCAAUAUAAAGUUCUAAUUCAGUUUAAUAAUCUCGAAAAUCUUAAAAAUAAUAUACUUAAAGCAUUUCUCCUAUUAAAAAGUAAUCUUAAAAUCCUUAAAGAAAAAAAACAACAAAUAAUUCAUCACCUCAAAUUAAACCCAAAAGUAACUCUUAAUAUGUGCAAUAAAAAGAAAGAUAAACUUGUUAUUCCAAAAUAUAAACUAAGGAAUAAGAAUAAAAAGAACAGGAGAUUAUAUAAACUACAAAUAGAGCUUAGACUUCUAGAACAACUGCAAUUGCAGAACGAAAUGAAGAAUGGAAAUAAAAACUUAAAAAUAAGAUGGAUAAUCAAUAAAAGAAAUAAAAAUAAAAACAAAUGGCUGAUUGUACAUUCAAACCUAGAAUUAAUAAUAAUUAGAGUAAUGGAAAAAAGUAUUAAAAAAGUGCAAGUAAAGAAUUUUAGACUGAAAUUAAAGAAUUGAUGCAUCUUAUUGAUAAUUAAAGUCAUGUCAAAAUUAAAUAAUGA